GUCUGUGGCUUUUGUCUGAUUUCGUCAGUAAUGUUAAAUGUGUUGCUAAAAACAGUAAUCAGACCUGAGGUUUGAGUGUUUUGAUCUCUAGACAUUUAAACAGAUAGGAGGCUGAUCCCGGCCACGUGCCAACACUGCAGAGAAGAGUUUAAAGACUUUAACAGAGCUGGAUAUUCUCUCUGUUCCAGGAGGAGGAGUAGAGAGGAGGAUCUGCUGUUUAUAUCAGAGACUUUCGCCCAUUUUUACUCAGACUGUCGGAUUUCUCCCAGACCUGACCGCAGAUGAACGAUUUCCAUCUUCACUUGAAAUUAUCCUCCACAAGCACAGCGGGGAUGGCACCAGAGGAACACGUCAGACUGCUGAAAUCAGAAGAGAUAAAACAUGAGGAUAUAGAGUAUCCACAUAAUUAUCCAGAAAGUGGGAGGAGAUUUAAACAAGAGACUGAUCUAAAAACAGCCCAAAUCUUUAACAUUGGAGAAAAGCCAUAUCACUGCUCAGUGUGUGGAAAAAGUUUUACUGCGAAGUGUAGUUUAACGAAACAUCUGCUCGUUCACACUGGAGAGAAGCCACAUGUCUGCUCAGAGUGUGGAAAGACCUUUAGGCAGAGCGGGGCUCUCUCAGUACACCAGCGUAUUCACACCGGAGAGAAACCCUUUCACUGUUCAGUGUGUGGGAGGAGCUUCAGACAUUCGAACACCCUCAAGAUGCACAAGUGUCCCACCACAGAAAAUAGUGCCUCUAUAGAGGUGGUCCUUGAGCCUGAUUGCAGUGGAGAUGCAGAAAAUCCUGCUCUGAUCAGCAGUCCACACUUCUACACUUCUACAUUUGUAAGAAUUCCCCCUUCUCCCAUUGUUGCCUCAAUGUUGCCAUCUCCAAUACUUGAGGAGAGCCGCAAGAAACCAGAGGAACACAUCGGACUGUUGGAUUCAGUAGACAUCCAAUUUGAUAACAUAGAGAAGCAGACUUUCAAACAAGACAUUAAUAUCAAACAACAACGCAUUCCUACAGGAGUAAAGCCGUAUCAGUGCUCAGAGUGUGAAAAGGCCUUUUCUGACAAACGUGGUCUAAAAAUACACCAGCGUCUACACACAGGAGAGAAGCUGUAUACCUGCACAUACUGUGGAAAAAUAUGUACUACACAUAAUCAACUCCAGCAACACCAGCGCUCUCACACCGGGGAGACGCCUUAUAUCUGCACAGAGUGUGGGAAGAGCUUCAGUGAGAGAAGUACUCUAACCAAACACUGGCGCAUUCACACUGGAGAGAAACCGUUUGUCUGCUCGGAGUGUGGAAAGGGUUUUCGCCAAAGUGGAAUGCUCCAAGUCCACCGACGCAUUCACACUGGAGAGAAACCGUAUCACUGCUCAGAGUGUGGGAAGAGUUUUCGAGAAAGUGGCCAUCUUACAAAGCACCUGACUGUUCACACUGGAGAAAGGCCCUAUUUCUGUUCACCCUGUGGAAAGAGCUUCACUACAAACCGGUGCCUUCAGCUACACCAGCGCACUCACACCGGAGAGAACAUGUAUCACUGCUUAGUGUGUGGAAAGAGUUUUUAUCAGAAGUGUAAUCUGCAGGUGCACCACCGGAUUCACACCGGAGAGAAACCGUAUCAGUGCUCAGAGUGUGGAAAGUGUUUCUUUGUACGAAGUCAUCUCCACCAGCACCAGCGCAUUCACACAGGAGAAAAGCCGUUUAGCUGCUCAGAGUGUGGGAAGAGUUUUUCAUUUCAUAGUAAUCUCCAACAACACCUGCUGGUUCACACAGGAGAGAGACCUUAUCAGUGCUCAGAGUGUGGGAAGAGUUUUCGAUAUUUAAAGAAUCUUAAGAAACACAAGUGUCAUUCUAUAACUGUGGAUAGUGGUCUGCAGCUGUGUGGGGUCUGUAAGCGCGUCAGUCCGGAUGGCGGCGCUGACUCCGUGCCGGUGGCUCUCCGGCCCCGGACUCGGCGGAGAAGCAGCGGGCUUGGCUUCGUGCCGCGGCGGGAGGUGGAUGGUGGUGAAGAAUUCCCCAUGACAAAAGGUAGUAAAAAGAAAAGAAAUGUUUCUUCUACCAUCCGUAAGGAGAUGCCACCAGAGGAGGACGUCAGGCGGCUGAAACCAGAAGAGAUUCAGUAUGAUGGUAACGUAGAGAAGCCGUAUUGCUGCUCGGAGUGUGGGAAGUGUUUUAAACAGGAGAACCAUCUCAAAUCACACCAGCGCACUCACGCUGUAGAGAAGACUUUCAAGUGCCCGUACUGUGGGAGGAUAUUUAAUCGGCAGAGUAAUCUGCAAGUUCACCAGCGCAUUCACACUGGAGAGAAGCCGUAUCCCUGCCCGGAGUGUGAGCGGAGUUUCAUUGAUAAAGGAACUCUGAAGAAACAUCUGCGCGGUCACACCGGAGAGAGGCCGUUUGACUGCACGGAGUGCGGGAAGACUUUUAAAGAGAGCGAUGCUCUCAAGAAACACCAGUACACCCACACCGGAGAGAGGUUCUACUUUUGUUCCUGCUGUGGGAGGAGUUUCACUAGGUACAGUAACCUCCAGCUGCACCAGCGCACUCACACCGGGGAGAAACCGUUCGUCUGCUCGGACUGCGGGAAGACCUUCAAUCAGCAGACCAACCUCCAGGUACACCAGCGCAUUCACACCGGAGAGAAGCCGUACCUGUGCUCAGAGUGUGGGAAGAGCUUCUGUGACAGCAGUCAUCUCAAAAAACAUCAGCUCAUUCACACGGGAGAGAAGCCCUAUCACUGCCCGCUGUGUGAGAAGAGUUUUAAUCAGCUGAGUAAUCUCCAAACACACCAGCGGGUUCACACGGGCGAGAGGCCGUACUACUGCUCAGCCUGUGGGAAGAGCUUCAGAUACUCAAAAAGCUUAAAGAUACACAAGUGCACCAAAGCAGAGGACGAUAACAACUCUGUAAUCAUGGUUAUUGUACCCGAUUACAGUGAGAAUGAAGACGACGCUGCUCUGAACAGCAGCCCACUCCUCCACGAUCCCACAGAGGAGGAGGGACAGGAUCAGGACGUAGACCCGUGACGAUUGUAGAACUGAAUAAAUGCACUAAAAGGGGCAAUCGGGUGGCCAAGAAAAUUUUAGGGGGGUUAGAAUCUUUAAACUAUUACAGACCCAAUAUUUUGUGCAAAAAAAACAACGUGAAUUAAAAAAAAGAUACAAACAUAUUUAAACAACAGGGUUAUUUGACAGUGGGUUACUAAAUUAAUCAAAAGAAUAGUAUAAACAUAGAUUACCGUUUUUUUUGCACUAUAAGGCGCACUAUCAAUAAACGUCUAUUUUCUGGUCUAUUUUUAUACAUAAGGCGCACAGAAUUUUAAGGUGCAUUAUGCGACAUUAGUGAGAAAAAGUUGCGCUAGUAAAUGCCACCUGACAGUGUUACAUUAAGAACCCUGAGUGUUCGGGCUUGCACUUAGCACAGUUAGAGGCUAAUGCUAAUGCUGCUCCAGCCUCGGUGCUAGAGAACUAAACUGAAAUUCCUGUAUAACGUUGUUUUCAGCGGGGUGUCUUUUAGGGCUGCACGAUAUUGAAAAAAAAAAAUUAAUUGCAAAUGUUUCGUUUUUUUCUUUUUCAACGAUAUAUAUCGCUAUCGAAAUUAUUGCUAUUGACAUUAAACAAUGCAGGGCCCAUGACGUCAAGUCAAGUCAAGGCAAAUUUAUUUCUAAAGCACAUUUAAAAACCACAAGGGCCAACCAAAGUGCUGUACAAUACAGAAGUAUGAACGAUAAAAUGUAUUAGACUAAACAACAAUAAGAUAAAAGAUAAGUAAAUAAAAGCAGCAUCAGCAAACAAGAUUUAGAUUCACCCCAGACAUACAGAUAAGUCAUUUGAACUUACUAAAAACAUUGAAAGACCUGAGAGUACCAGUAGGUUUUUAGAUUAGACUUAAAAACCGUAAUGGUGGGAGAUGCUUUAAUAAAAACAGGCAGACUAUUCCACAGUUUGGCUGCUGCUACGGAAAAAGCUCCGUCACCUUUCGACUUCAAUUUGGAAUGUGGCGUCUCCAAGAGCAGCUGAUUUGAAGAUCUUAGGACUCUUCGGGUUGAAUAUGGACACAGACUCAGAGAUGUAUGAUGGAGACAUGCCAUUUAAGGCUUUAAAAACUGUUAAUAAGACUUUAAAAUCUACUCUGAAUUUGACAGGCAGCCAAUGCAGGGAGGCCAGUACAGGAGAGAUGGACUUCCUUUUCUUUGUCCCAGUUAAGAGUCGAGCAGCAGCGUUUUGGACAAGCUGCAAACGUGACACAGCUGAUCGGUUGAUACCCAGAUAAAGAGAGUUGCAGUAGUCCAAACGUGAUGUAAUAAAAGCAUGAGUUACAAUUUCCAGGUCCUUAACAGGUCACCAGCCCUGCCACCUGUCUCGCGUCCAGACCGAUCAAGAGCUGAGUUAGCGCCGAGCACUCAAAACCAGAGGAAAACAGAAAUCAGCCCUUUAAUCAGACAUUAAGUGGCUUUUUAAAAGGUAAAUAAGAGCAUUUCUCCGAAAUUCAAAGCGUAAAUUCAGCUGUAACUGGAAAUAUCUUGGAUAUAUCAUGUCCAACCAUGUGGAUGGAGGCCAUGCGGUUACCUCGUGUUUACCUUAUAGUGCAAACAAUAUGGUACUAAAAACACAAAAAGGCAUUUUUUCCCCACUAUAACUUAUUAAAAUAACAUCCCAAACUGUCCGAAAAAAAUUAUUGUACAAUUACAUUUUUAUUCACCAAGGUAAAACAGUGAAAAUGUACCCUUAAAAGUACAGUGUAACCCUUCAGGUCCAGCUGUUAGUACAGUACUAAAACAACCCCAGAUUCAGAGUGUUUUUUGCAGUUUACACUGCCACACACAGCACAUCUUUAUGUGUUUAUGUUGAUAAAAGUAUCUGCUAAUCUGCUCUGCGUUAUGAUGAGGUGAUGUAAGGCUUGUAUGGAGCUGCAUGGCUAUGGAAACCCAUUCUAUGAAGCUCUCUAGGUUCUAAUGUUCUUAAGCUAAUAUGAAGGCCGCGUGAAGUUUGGAAGCCGGUAGUGAUUGAUGUGUUGGAUGGGUAAGCGAAUACUUUUGGCAGUAUAGUGUAGGCAUGAAAAAAAAAACAUAAUAGUAAUUUGGGCCACUUUUAGCUGCUGAAUGAACAUAAUGCACCUAAAUGGGGCAGCCAGCACAUUCUUGUGCCUGUAUGUUAAAAAUAAAAAUAAGAAGCAGUGUAAUUCUAUAGUAGUAGUUUACUCUAAUUUACCAGUUGCGUUAAAGCCACUCUCCAUGCUUUAUCUUUGAGUUGGACGGUUCUGAACUGUUUUGAAAACUUGUUGAAAAGCAGAUUGUGAAAUAAGCAUGCACCUUGCAUGCAUCCUAUACCCGGAGUUACCUGGGUCUUUACCUUUUGCACAAGUGUUUUCCUAGAAGAGUUUGUGAUGUACAGAGGAUUUAGCAUGAUAUGUACUCAAACGUUCCAUUAGAAACUUUUUUUUUUAAUCUUUGUCAAGUGAAUCCCAUUAUCUGUAUACACACUCCUACAGUACACCUUAUAAAUCUGCCACUGAGAUCAUGUCACUUUGGGUGUGUAACCACCAAUUCUGAAAGAAUACGCAAGAAAUGUAUACACAUGUGAUGAGGGUGAAAUAGCAACUAAGUGUGUUGCCAUGAUUUUUUUGUAUUUGCUGCUGGCAUAGGGGAGGAAAACCAGCAGGGUAAUAUGCACAAUUUAGUGGUUUAUGGUAUAACCUGUAUGGUCUAUAUGUAAUCUAGAUUAUUCAUCAAUAUUUAAACUUUUUUUGUAGUCAGUUGGUCUAAAUUUUGAUACUGUAUUUAGUAGCUUAUGAAUUUAUAUUAGAUUGCAGAAGAAAAAGUAAAGUUAUCUAUAUAGAGUUAGUCCUUUUAAGAGGAGAUGGUCCUCCCAGACAGGUGUAGUCAUAAAUACACUAAGUGCAUUUUAUGCACUCUAAAAUCCGUUCAGACUCUUAUUACUGUGUUUAUCUGAUUAAUCAAGUAGUCAUGUGCAAUAUGGCCCUAAAAUAAUAUAAAAAUAUUGCAGGUUAUUUUUGCAAUAAUGGUAAUCUUGGCGAUAUGACAAAACAUUGAAUAUAUAUUUUUGUUUUUUUAAGAAUACACUGCUGCAAAAAAACGGAUAUUCAAUUUUGUUUGGCAAUAUUAUUCCAUACAAUAUUAUAUAUAGCACACCCCUAAUUAAAAUUUUCACCAGAUUGUAACAGAAAUCAGUGAUCCAACAUGUCAUGAUACUAAUAAUGCACUUCAUAUAUUCAGGACUGAAGUAAAAUAAAUAAUACUGAGCAGAUAUAAUCUGUCUCAAGUAGAUAUUAAAUGGAAAUAAAAACAUAUGCACACCCCUAAUGUGAAUGGCAUACUGUAUUUUAAUAGAUCAAAGUUAAAUAAAAAAUACAGAAAUAUAUAAAUCUGAUAAAGAGCUGGAUUUUAGCUCAGUAAUCUGUGUUCUCAGUAACGUGUAAACUCUUAACUAGAGAAUGUAUGGAUUUCUCGGUCUGCCCAUAAGUGAAAACAGACCAUGGUAGUGUAAAUAAGGAAGCAGCGUGUAACACUGCGAGAUGGUGACCAAACAGUUUAAGAGCAAAUAAAUAAUCUUCAUAUUCUAGCUGUUUUUUUUUUUUUGGCAGGUUGCAAAGCAAAAAUCUGAUUAUUGCUUAUUUGUGUAAUCUGAGUUUUUGUAAAUGCUUUGAUUGGAUUACUGACAGUUUUUGCUGUUCUGCAGUAAUCAGAUUAUGAAGUUCAUGUAAACACACUCAGUGUUUUCACUGGGAUUGACUAGAAUUUGACGUAUGCACUUAAUCGAGCGAUUAUUAACAUUGAUUAGGAGUAAGAAUUAGUAAAUAGGUAGAAAUAAUGGUAUUUUUUGCCAUUGUGCACUUUUUAAUCCAUUGCACUCAUAAAUAAUAUUUAAUAUUAUUUUUCUGUUUUUCUCAUGAAUACUGUUGUAUGAACUUGAAUACAAUUAAAAUUUACAAUAUUUUACAA